UUGAAGGGACGUUCUUGGCGCGGGAAUGCGCAUGCGCCUCUGGCGAUUUAGCCUGAAGGCGGUUUUCACGUCCAACGGUGGAGUUCCGCCGUGAGGCUAGGCGGUUUAGUCGUUCCUUGAUGUCGUACGUUGUGGGAUGGUGGACAGAGGUCCGGAAGUUCUUUGUUAACGUUUCGCCGGUUCACCACGUUUGUACGUCAUGGCCUCCGCUCUGGAGGAUCCAAACUUAGAACACAACUUUAAAGGUCAUAAAGAUGUGGUCACCAGUGUUGAUUUUAACCCAAACAACAAGCAGCUAGCGACUACCUCGAUUGAUAAGUGCCUUAUGAUAUGGAACUUGAAGCCGCAAACCAGAGCCUACCGAUUUACAGGACACAAGGACGCUGUGAUGUCUGUCCACUUUUCCCCCUCAGGUCAUCUGGUGGCAUCUGCUUCACGGGAUAAAACGGUUCGACUGUGGACUCCAAAUGUUAAGGGAGCAUCAACUACAUUCACAGCCCACAGUGCCGUAGUUCGCAGUGUGAAUUUCUCCUGUGAUGGAAAUUUCCUGGUUACAGCAGCCGACGACAAAUCAAUAAAGGUGUGGAACACUCAUCAACAGCGGUUUCUGUUAUCCUUUAAAGGACACAAUAACUGGGUUCGUUCUGCCAGGUUCUCUCCAGAUGGAAGACUUGUAGUCUCUUGUAGUGAUGACAGAACUGUUAAGAUCUGGGACACAGUGAGCAGAGAAUGUAUCAAUACUUUCACUGAGCACAGAGGGUUUGCCAACUUUGUGGACUUUAACCCCAGUGGUACCUGUAUCGCCUCAGCAGGAACUGACAAUACUGUGAAGCUUUGGGAUAUUCGUAUAAACAAACUGCUACAACAUUACCAAGUCCACAGUGCUUCGGUGAACUGCUUGUCUUUCCAUCCUUCUGGUAACUAUCUUAUCACUGCAUCUAGUGAUUGUACUCUCAAGAUAAUGGAUUUGUUGGAGGGAAGAUUACUUUACACUCUUCAUGGCCACCAGGGCCCUGUAAUUGCUGUAACAUUUUCUAGGCAUGGAGAGUAUUUUGCUUCUGGUGGAAGUGAUUCACAGGUGUUGGUAUGGAAGACAAAUUUUGACAGUAUUCCUUAUAACCAUAUUCUGAAAGGCCUUCAUGUAAGAACAAAUCCUGAUCCUGCCCCUCAUAUAACUGAUAUUCACCCAAGAGUUCCUCAUCUGCAUACUUCGGGACCUCAGACGAUACAGAUUAAUCCCAGAACACACAUAGCUGACAUGCAAUCGUCCGAUCCCCCGGUAGUGGACAUUGGAAUCGACUUUUUCUCUAAACACAAGUCAAGAGCAGCAGAGUCACACUGUGCCUCAAUAAUAACAAACGAGGUGAACAGUUCUCUGGAUCCUUCAUGUCAGGUAUGUUCCCUUGGAAUGGACCCAGCCAGUGGUGACCCUGGCGCAACUAGCAAUCUGGAGGACCACACAGGCAUCCCACCAACACUUGCCAACACAUUAGGGCACAUUGUACAGCAACUGGAUGUUUUAACCCAGACAGUGUCAAUCUUAGAACAGCGCUUAACGAUGACCGAAGACAAACUCCAGGAGUGUCUAGAUAAUCAACAGACUGCGCAGCAAGUAAAGUCAUCCUAGUUCAUGAAAAAAGACUGAUUUCUUUGGAUUUUAAGCCUCUCCAUUAAUUCUUCGGUCAUGCUACGUUAUUGGACAUCGUAUUGAACAUGAAGAAUGAACAAUCAGUUUUUCAAGUCCUGUAGGAUGCAACAUAUUGCACUAAGAUGUAAUUGGAUUCUGGCACUGAAACUGUAAAAUAGCUGCUACCAAAUCUCAUCACAUCUAUUUUGUGUGUAUGAGACAUAUCUAUUCCAUUUUCUUCUGCUUAUAUUCUUUUACAACUGACUAUUUCACAGACCAUUCAAGUGGAAAAAAUUGGACAUGUGAACAUUUUUCUAUCAUGAACAUUCUCAUUUCUGUAACGUGGAUUAAUUCCUUCAUACAUCGUAUGAUGUGUACAAUACUGUGUACAUUCUGAGGCACAUAAUCAGGGUGAUGGCUAAAGUGAGACUGAAUGUGGAUUAUCUUUCACAUGACUCUGUGAAACUACUUAAAACCAUCGCCUUGAAUUUGCAUUGAUUCAAAUUCGGAUUGACUUGAGUUCACUGCUGUAAGGUGGUAGUACUUCCUUUAUUUAAUGCAUGCUUUUUAAUGUAACUUUUUUAUAAUAAAAAAUUCUAUCCAUUGAA